AUGUUUGCAGAUAGCCCCAAAAUUUUGGAGGGCUAUGUACGAAGGAAACGAGAGCCGGAAUUACAUGCGUGGUGGGCACGAUACCUAGAAAGCAUUGGAGAACUGGAAGGUGCAAUGGGUUUCUACAGCGCGGCUAAAGAUAAUCUUUCCUUGGUCAGAAUCAAAUGUACCCAAGGAAAACUGGAAGAGGCAGCUAAUCUAGCUAUCGAAUCCAAAGAUAAAGCUGCUUGCUACCAUGUUGCGAGAAUAUUUGAAGCUGAGGGUGAUUACUCAAAGGCUGUUGAUUUCUACACCAAAGCACAUGCUUAUAAUAGUGCUAUAAGGCUGGUCAAGGAGCACGAUAUGCGUGAUUUACUUGCGAAUCUAUGUCUGAUGGCUGGAGGUAGUGAAAUAGUGGAAGCAGCCCGGUAUUUUGAAGAUAUUCCUGGUUAUACCCAUCAGGCAGUAAUGCUAUACCAUAAGCGUGCAGCAGAGUUUUUCGCAAACAAUCAGAACUACGAAAAAGCUGUUGAACUUUUGUGUUUGGCGAAGGGUGUGAGUAAAAUAUUUGGAUUUUUGUUUUCUUCUCCGAAAGUGAUCCUUCGGUUGUAG